AUGGCCAGGGAGGACCAGGAGGGGAGUGGAGACCAGGUGGACGGAGCAGGAGUCAGUACGAGCCACAAGAAAAGUGUGCGAGUCACUGGGAGAUCUGUGAAUGAUGAGCAGAGGGCAGUAGAAUCCACGGGGGUCGAUGGAGCCAGAGACAGAGCCAGAGACGGAGCCAGAGACGGAGCCAGAGACGGAGCCAGAGAGCCCCAGAGCAGAACCAUCCCCAAACAGACCAUGGAGGAGCUGAAGUCCAUCCUCCGGGACAGCAGUGCGGCGCGGGACCGGGACGACAGAGCCAGAGGGGCCUACACCUACCUGAGCGGCGAUGACAGGAGCGGCCACCAGGGGGAGUUCAGCACCUUCAGGCCCUCGGAGGCUUCCAGAAGAGGGGGCCGGGACAGAGACAGCGAGCCCAUAGAAGCGUGGCCCCAGUCCAGGGUAGAUGCAUCCAGCGGGUUCAGGCCUGAGCUCCACACACACAGAGGAAAGCAGAGCGCCGGGACGUCCCACAGAGAGCAGCACACAGACCUUCUGAGUCCUGAGACCGUUGGAGACCAGAUAUUUGCCUCAUCCAUGGAGCAGAUCAAGCAGCAGAUCGCACGAGAGAACAUCACUUUCGUCCGCUUCGAGGCCACAGACCUCCACGGCGUGUCCCGGUCCAAGACGGUCCCUGUGCGCUUCUUCCAUGAGAAAGCCGUGUACGGGGUCCCGAUGCCGCGGAGUUACCUGGAGCUAACCCUGAGCCCCAAGAUCACGGAAGUGGACCACGGAACCACAGCCAACUUCAGUAGCGAUGUCUUGCUGAUCCCAGACCUGUCCACCUUCAGGGCCGUGCCGUGGACCGAACAAACCGCCCGCGUCAUCUGUGACCCCUGCAACGUGACCGGCAACCCCCUCCGCACCUCGCCACGCCUCAUCGCCAAACAACUCCUGGGGCAGCUCCAGAGCAUGGGGUUCUCCCUUCACUCCUCCUUCACUUACGAAUGCUGCGUUCUCGGAGCUCCAGAUCGCAUCGGUCCAAAAACUUUACUAUUUCCCGCUACUACCCUCCUCAGCAAUCACGACUUGCCGUUCUUCCAGCAGCUUGUGGAUAGUAUGUACUGCAUGGGAGCCGAUAUCGAUAGCAUAGCGUCUGCUAGCGGACCGGGGCAAAUGGAGAUCAACUUGAGGCCAGAGUUCGGGAUUUCGGCGGCAGAUAGCGCGUUCACGUUUCGCACCGGUAUCAAAGAGAUGGCUCGUAAAUACAGCUAUAUCGCUAGCUUCUUCACUGAUGAUGGGUUGUACAACGCUGGGGUUCUUUCUCAUAGCUUGUGGGAUGCUAACGGCCGUCGUAGCCUCUUUCAAGUUGGGGACAAACCGGGGGAUCUAUCUGAAAUCGGUCGCAAAUGGCUAGCGGGUUUGCUAACUCAUUCGGCUGCGUUGAGUUGUCUGAUGUCGCCGGGUCUUGGUUGCAGAAGUCACAUGGCGAAGGCUACGAAAGAUCCCAAAAGCUUGCUCUACGCUACAUGCGGGUGCAACGACAACAGCGCUUCUUUCAACAUCAAAAGUCACGGCGGGAGAGAAACGCACAUCGACAACAAGCUAGGUUCGGCUAUGGCUAAUCCCUACAUCGUGCUAGCCGCUACUGUUGCCGCCGGGUUGGAUGGAAUAAAGAGGAAUCUGAACUUGGAGAGCAGACUUUCCAAAACGCCAGGGCAGCAGAAGGAGUUUGCGAUCCCGAUAAAACUGGAUGAUGCGCUGGAGGUUUUGGCUGAAGACGAGGUGAUCUGCAGCGCGCUGGGAGAACCGUUUGUGCAGUAUUUCAUCGCUAUGAAGAAGUUUGAGAUCGAGACUCAAGAGCUCGACGAUGAGAGGAAUAAAUGUCUGGAGUACUUUAUAUAA